AUGGGAAGCUCUCGCAAGCCUAAGCGAGCGACGGGUGAAAUUCCAUUACUAAUCAUUCGUCCUAUCGAUAAGAAAAAGAAGAAAAAUUAUUUCAAAGAACCAAUGGUAAAGCUGCUGUCCGGUGGUGUAGCAUCGUAUGGAAACUACCCUGAAAUCCAUACAAAUGACGGUGAAGUGUUUUCAUUAGAACACAUGUUGCCAAUUCUCGGACUGGAAGGAAUGGUCUUCAAUGGAAUUCCAAAAAUUCCUCACUAUUCGAACCAUUUCACAACAUCGCAGCUCAAACCAUCGGAAUCUCACUAUUUCGCGCAAAAAAUUCGAGAACAGUUGCUUCCUGCCCCGCUGACUAUAAAGACCAGUGAUACUCCAAUUACGACUUUAUCACACCCUUCUGCAGCUCCGCCAAACUAUGUUCCAGCCAUUAACACAGAAGAGCAACUGCUUAAAUUAGGACAACAAAGCGUCACUAAGCUGGAAGCACCAGGAUCGGCACCAUCAUCUACGUCAUCAUCGUCACCAUCACCAUCAUCACCACCAUCUGCUGAUAGUCCAACUUUUUCUCCUCUGGUUCAGGAGAAGCCGGCAUUUGUCAAACCAGAACUGUUGCCCACUAAAUUUCACUUUAAUAAACUUCAACCGGAUACUAUGAUGAUUAAGGCAAUUCCAAUCAAUCCUAGCCCGAAUUAUGGACCGGUUACCUUUUUUGGAAUGCAUAAUGAUAUGCUAAAACAUUAUAAACCAUCAUUUUCAUUCGCACCUCAACCUCAAUCGCACAAAUGGUUGGACCUGCCGAAAAAACCUCAAAUGGUUAGCCCCUUAUCAAUUAGUACUAAUUUCUUCUCUGCAAAGCCUUCAAGUGACAACAAUGACUACCAACAACAACAACAACAACCAAAAACUAUUUACCACCUGCAGCAACCAUCACAACACUAUCAAUCGAUUCAGACGCCGCAGACUCACAUAAAUUAUUAUUUCCCAAAAGAAAUUGAGGCACUACCGCAACCGCAACCGCUGAUCCAGUCUCAUCCACCAAUCAUCCAGCAUCCCAGUGUUCCGGUAAAUACAGUUCAAAACGGUGAACAUGUCGAUUUUGUGGUUGCGAAGCAACCUGUUCAGGAAGUGACCACCGAAAAAUCUUACAAACCCUACAAUGCUCAUCUGAAGCAUAAAUUCCCAAAACCAAACUACGGCGAUCAGUCCUCCAACCACCCUACAUUCUAUAUCCACAAGGAAUUCGAAUUUUCCGGUAAACCGAACAGUAACGGCCAGCCCAACAAAGUGACCGAAUAUCACACGAAUUCGCACAAUCGAUCAGUGGUAGAAACCCAACACCUUCCAGAACCGGUUCCGUACUCUGCACCGCAAUAUCUACCCUUGCCACAGGCACAGCCCCUGCAGCAGCCUGCUCCCGCCCAGACAUUGCAUCAGUCCCACUCAGUCGCAUCCCCACAGCCAUUCACCCACUACAAUUCGAUAGCCCCCAGCCAGAACCAUUGGAAGCUGGGCCGAAGGAAUCACGAGCAGGUGAAACCCGUCGUGGAAGUUGUCGGCAAUUCCGAAGCGGACAGUUCCCAUGCUUCGUCGAUGUUGGUGCAAAAGGCGGUGAAACCGUCGGACACAAAGUCCACGACGGAAGUUCGAAUCGAGGUUAAACACGUCCCAUACGUACGAACCGCGGCUGAUGGCAGACAGGAGACGAAGAAAGCCGUAGAUGGUAGCAGCAGUAGCAGUACUAGCAACAGCAGUGGUAACAGCAGCAGCAGUAGUAGUAACGGUAAUAGCUAUAGUAACAGUAAUGGUAGCAGCAGCAGCAGCAGCAUCAGCAGCGGCGGCAAUGGCAGUACCAUUACAAAUAACAUCGUCACCAGCUCUGUUCGGCCUACGACACGAUCAGCCCGACAAGGAUGGUAA